AAAUUUGCUUCCGGAAAAUAAUGUCUUCCAGCGGUGACCAGCUGGUGUUUUGGAAUAACUUUUGCUUUUUGGCAAAGCAAUGUUUUUAUACUCUCAAACUGAAAAUAAGUUUUUAUUGAAGACACGUAGGAGAAGCGACGUGUCCUCAGUUAAAGACACAUGCUUAAAUAUUAAACAAAUAGUGGGUGUGAUUGCAUUGACGCACGAAGUUUGCUGGUGACAAGUUUCAAAGUCCUGUAGGUCUUUAAACUCAACCCAACACAACAGCUCAGUUCAGCUCAACACAAGAAUGGCACGAUAUGAACUUGUUAAAAGAUCAGUGGCACUGAUCACUCUUACCAACCCACCAGUCAAUGCCCUAAGUUCAGUAGUGCGUCAUGGCAUCACAGAGACCAUUGAGCGUGCCCGGGGUGACCCAAAGGUAACAGCAGUGGUGAUCUGUGGAGAGAAUGGAAAAUUCUGUGGAGGUGCCGACAUCCGUGAAUUUGCUGGACCUAUGAGAGGACCACCACUAGUACCAAUGUUAGAUGUCAUAGAGGCAGUAGAGAAGCCUGUGGUUGCUGCCAUAGAGGGGGUGGCACUAGGUGGAGGUUGCGAAUUAGCACUAGCCUGUCACUACCGUAUUGCACAUUCAAAGGCACAUGUUGGACUUCCAGAGGUGACUUUGGGUCUUUUGCCAGCUGCUGGGGGAACACAGCGUCUUCCCAGACUCAUUGGCAUUCCUGCUGCCCUAGACCUGAUCACCACUGGCCGCCAUGUCUCUGCCCAGGAAGCCCUGAAGCUGGGCAUCGUUGACCAGGUCACAGAGCAGAAUGCUUGUGAGGUGGCUGUGGAGUUUGCCCUAAGAGCUGUAGCCACAGCAUUGUCUUCUCGAAGACUGAGUAUGCGUACCACACCCAGCCUUCCAAAUCUGGAUGCCCUCUUUGAAGCAGUCACCAUGCAGGUUCAAAAGAAGGCUCGAGGAGUUAUGGCCCCUUUGGCUUGUAUUCAGGCUGUGCGAGCAGCUGCUACCAUGCCUUACAGCCAGGGAAUGAAACGGGAGAGUGAAUUGAUGGCCACUCUCUUUAACUCCGGCCAGGCCCGGGCUCUUCAGUACUGCUUCUUCGCUCAGAGGACGACAGGGAAAUGGACUCUACCCAGUGGUGCACAAUGGAACAACAGCAAACCCAGAGAUAUCAGGAGCAUAGCUGUAAUAGGUCUGGGCACAAUGGGAAGGGGCAUUGCUGUAUCUCUUGCCCGUGUGGGAAUUUCUGUCAUUGCUGUAGAGACAGAGAAGAAACUCUUGGAGACUGGCAGGCAGAUGGUCGUUGGCAUGCUGGAGAGAGAUGCAAAAAGACGGGGAGUGACUGCCUCCCUUAACCUUCUCAAAUUCACCCUUAGCUUACAGGACCUGAAGGAUGUGGAUCUUGUUAUCGAAGCGGUCUUUGAAGAUAUGAAACUUAAGGAAAGCAUUUUCAAAGAAUUGUCCAAGGUGUGUAGACCAGGCACUUUGCUCUGCACCAACACCUCUGGACUAGAUGUGGAUGCAUUGGCCGGUGUAACAGACAGACCACACCUGGUUGCUGGGAUGCACUUCUUUUCACCUGCACAUGUCAUGAAGCUGCUGGAAGUUGUCUGUGGCCCUCGUUCCUCAAGUGAAACCAUUGCUACGGUGAUGAGCCUUGGCAAGAGGAUAGGAAAGGUGAGUGUUGCUGUUGGAAACUGCCCUGGCUUCGUUGGAAACCGCAUGCUAAAGCCUUACCUGGAUCAAGCCAGCUUCCUGCUGGAAGAGGGGGCCACGCCUGAACAAGUGGACAAGGCCCUGGAAGAAUUUGGUUUCGCCAUGGGUUGCUUCAGGAUGUCUGACCUUGCAGGCCUUGAUGUUGGGUGGAGAGUUCGGAAGGAAUCUGGAUUGACGGGACCUGAUGUUGACCGAAAUUAUCCCCCACGUAGGCGUCAUGGGCAUAGGUACUGCCCUAUUCCAGACAUGAUUUGUGAGCAAGGCAGGAUGGGCCAGAAGACAGGCCGUGGCUGGUACAUGUAUGACAAACCUGGUAGUACGGAUGCAAAACCUGACCCACUCAUCCAGAGCCUUCUUGAGGUGUACAGAAGCAGGUACGGCAUCCAACCGCGCAAUAUCUCAAGUCAGGAAAUAAUUGAGCGAUGCCUUUUUGCCCUGGCCAAUGAGGGCUUCCGUAUCCUGGAGGAUGGCAUAGCUGCUCGACCUGAGGAUAUUGAUGUCAUCUAUCUGUUUGGUUAUGGCUUUCCGAGGCACAGAGGUGGGCCCAUGUUCAAUGCCAGCAUGGUGGGCCUGCAAAGAGUGCUGGAGAGGUUGGAGCAUUACCAACAAACCCAUCCCGAUGUGCCUCAUUUGGAGCCCAGUCCCCUCCUGAAAAAACUUGUGGCUUGUGGCAGUCCUCCUAUCCAAAAAUGGGGAGAGCAUAUCAAGAAAAUGUACAGCCAUCUCUGAAAGGUCCAUUCAUAUAAACUUGCAGUUAUUGAGUUUGAUAAAACUAUUAAAGAAUGUUAAUAAAGAAUUUACCUUUUGAACUCUU